AUGUCACCCACACAAGAUACUUACGAUUUCAUUAUUGUUGGAGGUGGCCCGGCUGGAUGUGCCCUUGCGGCAUCCCUAGCCAAAUCAGCCAAAAGGCCUAGCGUGCUUCUGCUAGAGGCUGGUGGGCGUAAUGAUGACCCAUCCUUGCGGGUUGAUGGGAAACGAUGGACGACCUUCCAGAUGGAGGACAUGAACUGGGGAUACAAAACCGUCCCGCAGGAGCACUUGAACGGCCGCAAACUCGACUAUUCUCGCGGCAAAGGUCUGGGAGGUAGCACCGCUAUCAAUUUCGGUGUGUACAUCACCGGGGCACAGGAUGACUACGACGAAUGGGCCGCAGAGGUCGGGGACGACACUUUCAGGUGGGAGAAUAUGCAACGCCGGUUCAAAAAACUAGAGUCGUUUGAUACAACAGUUCAUGUGCCCGAACACGAAAAAUAUGUGAAACCCAAGGCCUCCGAUCAUGGAUCUCAGGGUGCCCUACGCUUGGCCUUUCCAAGAGAGUGGGAGAAAGACGUGCCACUCGUGCUAGAUGCCUAUGAGCAAGCAGGCCUUGAACGAAACCUAGAUCAUAACUCGGGAAAUCCUCUCGGUAUGGCAUUGAUGGUCAACUCAUCUUACCAGGGACAAAGGAUAACUGCAGCCGAUUUGCUGAUUGGUGUCCCGGACAACCUACUUGUUCUAACCGAGAGCCCCGUGCAGCGGGUUAUCUUGCAGGACAAGAAAGCAGUGGGAGUGGAAGUAUGUGGAAAGCAAUACCUCUCAGCGAAGGAAGUUAUCUUGUCAGCAGGCAGUCUCGACAGCCCUAAAAUCUUGAUGCACUCUGGGAUUGGACCAGCCGCACAGCUCCAGAGUUUCAAUAUUCCAGUCGUUCAAGACCUCCAAGCAGUCGGUCAAGGUCUUAAAGACCACUACUUCGCUCCACUCAUUGUGGCGCGAAAGCCCGAGACCAAUGACCGCAAUGCGUUUUAUCAGGAUGAAGCGGUCAUGAAUGCUGCAUCUGAGCUAUGGCAAGCAACUCACACCGGCCCUUGGGCUCGAUAUGGCUGUCAACUUACAGGUGGAUGGUUCAAGUCGGACCGUAUAACGUCUUCCGAUGAGUUUAAAGCAUUACCGAAGUCAGCCCAGGACUUCAUGAACCGCAAGACGAUUCCACAUUACGAAAUCACGUCCCAUUUGCCUAUCCAUUUGAUCUCUCCCGAACUAUUCCAAGACUAUAGCUACGUCUGCUUUGCAGUCUUCAUGAUGAAUGAGCAAUCAAGUGGCGAAGUUCAUCUCCAGUCAUCCAACCCGGACGACCCUUUGUUGUUUGAUCCGAAGUUCCUCGAGCACCCGUUUGAUCGUCAAGCCUGCAUCCAGAUCUAUCGGCAUCUCAUGGAUAUUGCAAAGCAUCCUGCAUUUGCAAAAGACACAGUCUCCACUAUCGUUUCACCGUCUUCUGAAUCGGAUGAGGACAUCCUGGAAUUCUGGAAAAACAACCUCUCCUCGAGCUGGCAUAUGACGGGCACUGUGAAGAUGGGAAAGCCGGGUAAUGCUGAGGCGGCUGUCGACAGCCAGUUCCGUGUCUUUGGCAUUGAACAUCUCCGCGUUGCCGACAUGAGCGUCGUUCCCGUUCUCACCAACAACCACACGCAGGCCACGGCCUAUGUCACAGGGUCUACUUGUGCGGACGUGUUAAUUCAAGAAUACGCACUGGAUGCUUUGUAG